UAAUUUGACUAUUUGAGGCGACCACACAAUGGUAUCCUGUCUCUGCCGCGUGGAUUUUGCUUGAACUCUGGUCAGAGAACCCCUGGAUUUAUUUUUAUUUUAAAUAGGAUCCCUUGCCUCUUUUUCCAAUUUCACAAAAAAAACACCAAAUUCGAAAAAUGGCGACACCUCUGCUCUUGCUCGAGCUCCUGUGCUUCUCCAUGGCACUCGCCGGCGGCGCCGCCCUCCGCCUCGAGCUCGCCCACGUCGACGCCAACGAGCACUGCACCAUGGAGGAGCGCGUGCGCCGCGCCACCGAGCGCACCCACCACCGGCGCCUCCUGCACGCGUCCACGGCGGCGGCGGCGGGCGGCGUGGCCGCGCCCCUCCGCUGGUCCGGCAAGACGCAGUACAUCGCCAGCUACGGCAUCGGCGACCCGCCGCAGCCGGCGGAGGCCGUCGUCGACACCGGCAGCGACCUCGUCUGGACGCAGUGCUCCACCUGCCGCCUUCCCGCCGCCGCCGCCGCCGGCGGCGGCGGAUGCUUCCCUCAGAACCUCCCCUACUACAACUUCUCCCUGUCGCGCACCGCCCGGGCGGUGCCGUGCGACGACGACGACGGCGCCCUGUGCGGCGUCGCGCCGGAGACGGCGGGGUGCGCGCGCGGAGGCGGCAGCGGCGACGACGCGUGCGUGGUCGCUGCCUCCUACGGCGCCGGCGUAGCGCUCGGCGUUCUGGGCACCGACGCGUUCACGUUCCCGUCGUCGUCGUCGGUGACCCUCGCCUUCGGCUGCGUCAGCCAGACGAGGAUCUCGCCGGGGGCGCUCAACGGCGCCUCCGGCAUCAUCGGGCUCGGCAGGGGCGCGCUCUCGCUCGUCAGCCAGCUCAACGCCACCGAGUUCUCCUACUGCCUGACACCCUACUUCAGGGACACCGUUAGCCCAAGCCACCUGUUCGUCGGCGACGGCGAGCUGGCCGGCCUGAGCGCCGCCGCCGGCGGCGGCGGCGGCGGCGGCGCUCCGGUGACCACCGUGCCGUUCGCCAAGAACCCCAAGGACAGCCCCUUCAGCACAUUCUACUACCUCCCCCUCGUCGGGCUGGCGGCCGGGAACGCCACGGUGGCCCUCCCCGCCGGCGCGUUCGACCUCCGGGAGGCGGCGCCCAAGGUGUGGGCCGGCGGCGCGCUGAUCGACUCCGGCUCGCCGUUCACCCGCCUCGUCGACCCCGCCCACCGCGCGCUGACGAAGGAGCUGGCGCGUCAACUGCGGGGCAGCGGCAGCCUCGUGCCGCCGCCGGCGAAGCUGGGCGGCGCGCUGGAGCUGUGCGUGGAGGCGGGCGACGACGGGGACUCGCUCGCCGCGGCGGCGGUGCCGCCGCUGGUGCUCCGGUUCGACGAUGGCGUCGGCGGCGGAAGGGAGCUGGUGAUCCCGGCGGAGAAGUACUGGGCGCGGGUGGAGGCGUCGACGUGGUGCAUGGCGGUGGUGAGCUCGGCGAGCGGGAACGCGACGCUGCCGACGAACGAGACGACCAUCAUCGGCAACUUCAUGCAGCAGGACAUGCGCGUGCUCUACGACCUCGCCAAUGGCCUCCUCUCCUUCCAGCCCGCCAACUGCAGCGCCGUCUGAUCGAUUCUCUUCUCUUGUUCGCUACUACACAAACGUACCUACUUGAGCUGAGCUAACGGCGUGGCAGUGAUUGUGUUCUUUAAGUAGUACUCCGUACAGUACAUGGCCUGUUUGUGUAUUGUCUAUUUUAUACUUGUAUUAUUGUCCUGUUUAGCAUAACUCCAUAUCUCAAAUUCACGGUAGAUUUCAAGUCUGCACGUUAAAUUAUAAUGGUUUAAAAUUUUAAAUUUUAUGUAAAGUGAGAAUAAAAUGAU